AGUCGUCAUGGAAUCGCUGAAGAGAGUGGUCGCUAUCCUCGAGGAAGAGGGUGUCGUCGAACCUGUCGGUCCUCUACUCCUGUUCAGGCAGCCUCAACAACUACAGGCCGAACUGGAUCUGAGCCUUGGAGAUGCAGCCAAGGAAGAUGAAUUGUGGGACUGCCUGAAGAAGAUCACGCGUCACUCUGUGAAGACCCGCCACCCUGGAUUCCUCAACCAGCUUUACGGUGGCCUGGACGAGUAUGGUCUGGCAGGCGAGCUCUUGGCCUCAGCGCUCAACACAAAUCAGUAUACUUAUGAGGUGGCACCAUCUCUCACGCUUUGUGAAAUGGAGGUGAUCAAGCGAGCAUUAUCCUUGGUUGGUUUCAAUAAUGGUGACGGAAUUUUUACACCAGGAGGAAGUAUAUCGAAUAUGUACGGGUUGGUGCUGGCUCGUUAUAAAAAAUACCCGGAAAUCAAAGAAAAAGGAAUUGCUGGAAUGCCUCCAUUCGUAAUCUACACUUCACAAGAUGCUCAUUAUUCGAUGACGAAAGGUAGCCAUUGGCUGGGUAUUGGCACCGAUAACGUCAUCAAAGUGAAGACUGACCAAAGAGGUAGGAUGUUGCCUUCAGCUUUGGAAGAGGCCAUAGAGCUAACACUGGCACAGGGAAAAGUGCCGAUGGCAGUGAACUCUACCGCUGGUACUACUGUACUAGGAGCCUUCGAUAACUUCCAAGAGAUAGCAGAUGUGUGCGAAAAGUACGGGAUAUGGAUGCAUAUAGAUGGAUGUUGGGGAGGAAGUGUAGUUUUUUCAAAAAAACAUUCUCGCUUAUUGAAAGGAAUAGAGAGGGCUGAUUCUUUUUCAUGGAAUCCUCAUAAGAUGCUUGGAGCUCCAUUGCAAUGUUCUAUGAUACUAGUCAAGGAAAAGGGUUUAUUGAAUGCUGCAAACCGUGCUGGAGCUACCUACCUGUUCCAGCAGGACAAAAUGUAUGAUGUUUCCUUCGAUUCAGGAGACAAAAGUGUUCAGUGUGGAAGAAAAACAGAUGCCCUUAAAUUAUGGACGCUGUGGAAAGCUCGGGGUGACUCUGGUCUUGCUAGAGCUGUAGAUGAUACUAUGCACUUAUCUAGAUAUUUCCUAGAAAAAAUUCGCGAUCGGAUAGGAUUCAAACUGGUGUUAGAGGAGUUCCAGUGCACCAAUAUCUGCUUCUGGUACAUCCCAAUGAGGCUGAGGAACAAGACUGAGGACCAAGCCUGGUGGGAGCAAGUACAUGCUGUGGCACCUAAACUAAAAGAGAAGAUGGUCUUAGACGGUUGCCUUAUGAUUGGUUAUCAGCCUCUGGACCACAAGAACUUGAGAAACUUCUUCCGCCUGGUCAUCACCUGUCGCCCAGAACGGGAUGAGGCUUUCAUCGAUUCGGUCAUCGAGAACAUAGACAGACUGGGAAGAGAUCUCUAGUCUGGAGUUAGGAGUUGUAUUUAUUGAUUUUAUUGUUUACGUUGUUCGCCGAAAUCCUGGACAUUACAGAUUGUUUUUACUAAAAUAUUGUUUAAACAGUU